AUGGCAGUGCUCUGUGAGCAGGUUGUGUAUGCCUGCAAAGCUCCAGAACUCCAUCCAUCUUCAUAAGAAGAUAAAGCCUGUGCUGUAGAAAAGACUGAGUUGUUGCUGCUGCUCUCAAGUAUAUUUAAGCUACUUCAUGUUGCCAUUGUGCUUACGCUGCUGUCUGCUUGUGUCCUGCGUGUCUACAGUGAUACCUGCACUACUGAAUUCUUGGGAGGAGCUGGAAGCUAAUGCUUGGAUAAACCAAAGCCAGAGCUUCUUGUUCAUCGUGAACAAAGAGCCUUUUGAGAACUACCCAUGAGUUCUUGUUUGGUGCCCUUGCUGAACUUGUAGAUAACGCCAGAGAUGCAGAUGCCACAAGAAUAGACAUUUAUACUGAGCGACGAGAGGACCUGCAAGGUGGAUUCAUGCUGUGUUUUUUGGAUGAUGGAACAGGAAUGGAUUCAAAUGAAGCGGCCAGUGUUAUCCAGUUUGGUAAAUCAGCCAAGCGAUCACCUGAGUCCACUCAAAUCGGGCAGUAUGGGAACGGCUUGAAAUCGGGCUCCAUGCGAAUUGGGAAGGAUUUUAUCUUGUUCACCAAGAAAGAUAACACCAUGACUUGCCUCCUCUUGUCACGGACGUUCCAUGAGGAAGAAGGCAUCGACGAGGUCAUUGUUCCCCUACCCACCUGGAACGCACGGAGCCGUGAACCUGUGACGGACAACAUGGAGAAAUUUGCUAUUGAGACGGAGCUCAUUUACAAGUAUUCCCCUUUCAAAUCAGAACGGGAAGUGAUGGACCAGUUCAAUAAGAUACGUGGUGAGAAAGGCACCCUGGUGAUCAUCUUUAACCUCAAACUAAUGGAUAAUGGAGAGCCAGAGCUGGAUGUGAUUUCUGACCCUCAAGAUAUUCAGAUGGCAGAAACACCCCCAGAAGGAACCAAGCCGGAGCGCCGCUCCUUCCGUGCCUAUGCUGCUGUGCUUUAUAUCGAUCCCAGGAUGAGGAUCUUCAUCAACGGACACAAAGUACAAACCAAACGACUCUCAUGCUGCCUCUACAAGCCAAGGAUGUACAAAUACACUUCAAACCGUUUCAAGACCCGUGCAGAGCAAGAGGUGAAGAAAGCAGAGCACAUGGCGAGGAUAGCGGAAGAGAAGGCUCGUGAGGCAGAGAGCAAAGCCCGUGCCCUCGAGCUACGCCUCGGUGGGGAUCUCACGCGGGAGUCCAGGGUGACACUGCGUCAGGUCCAGAACUCGGCCAUAACCAUGCGGCGGGAGGCUGACGUCAAGAAAAGAAUUAAAGAUGCAAAGCAGCGGGCACUGAAGGAGCCCAAGGAGUUGAAUUUUAUCUUUGGGGUGAACAUUGAACAACGCGAGCUGGAUGGCAUGUUCAUUUAUAACUGCAGUCGGCUGAUCAAGAUGUAUGAGAAGGUGGGCCCACAGCUGGAGGGUGGCAUGGCAUGUGGAGGAGUGGUAGGUGUGGUGGAUGUGCCCUAUUUGGUUCUGGAGCCAACCCAUAAUAAACAAGACUUUGCUGAUGCCAAAGAGUAUCGACACUUGCUGAAGGCCAUGGGAGAGCAUUUGGCUCAAUAUUGGAAGGAUGUUGCAAUAGCCCAGAGAGGUAUCAUCAAGUUCUGGGAUGAAUUUGGCUAUUUAUCAGCAAACUGGAACCAGCCUCCGUCUAGUGAACUGCGCUACAAGCGGAGGAGAGCCAUGGAGAUCCCCACCACAAUUCAGUGCGAUGUCUGUCUGAAGUGGCGGACUCUCCCGUUCCAGCUGAGCUCAGUGGAGAAGAACUACCCUGACAGCUGGGUGUGCUCCAUGAACCCUGAUCCUGGACAAGACAGAUGUGAGGCUGCAGAGCUGAAGCAGAAGGUACCACUGGGAACUCUAAAAAAAGACUUGAAAUCAAAUGAGGAAAAGCAGAAACAACUGACAGAGAAAAUCCGCCAGCAGCAGAAAAAGCUGGAAGCUCUGCAGAAAACCACUUCAAUUCGGUCUCCAGCUGACUUAAAGAAACUGCCUCUGGAAGUGACCACAUGGCCUUCAAGGGAGCACACCCAAGCUCAGCGCCCGCGAUCUCCUCCUUUGCCUGAUAUAAUCAAGAAUGCUCCCAGCAGACCACCAGGAUCUUCACCUCCUCCCAAGUCCUGCAGUCAGCUGAAAAAGACCUCUUCAGAUCGUCCAAAUACCAGCCCUGCCAAGCUAGGCAGCAUGCCCUUCAAGGAGGAGGCCAGCACUUCCAGGACACACCAUCACACUGUUACAGCUGGGAAGUCUAACAGCACUUUAAAAACUCUUGCCAAACCAGGUGCAAGCAUGAAGUCCCUCUCUGGCCUGCAAAGCCCCAAAAGCCCACGUGAGACACCCAAUCCAAAAGCUGCCAAAGUACCAGCAGUAAGGAAAUCUGCCUCUGGCAGAUGUUUACAGGCCUCCAGCACGCGAAAGAGGGCCUUGAACAUCCCAGAGGAUGGGUCUGAGGAGGAGGGGGAGCCCAAAAAGGAGAGGACAAAACGAGGAAAACUUUUGGCAGCGAAAGAAGAGAAGGAUUCCAAUGAGGUGGUGGUGGAGCUCACAGACAGUGCUGGAGAGGAAGAGUUGUUGGAACUGAAGAAAGCACAGAAAGAUAAGGGGCUGCACGUGGAGGUGCGUGUGAACAAGGAAUGGUUCACAGGCCGUGUAACGGCUGUGGAAAGGGUCAGGCACACGAUCCGCUGGAAGGUGAAGUUCGAUUAUGUCCCUACAGACACCACACCAAGGGAUCGCUGGGUCGAGAAGGGCAGUGAGGAUGUAAGGCUUAUGAAGCCUCCCUCUCCUGAGUACCAGGCUCCAGACACACAGCAGGAAGAGGAGGUGGUCAUGGCUGAACCUUCUACCUCAGAUUGCAUCAGAAUCGAGCCUGACACCACUGGUCCCAGCAGCAGCCAAGAAACAGUUGACUUGCUAGUCCAGAUCCUUCGGAAUUGUUUGCGGUACUUCUUGCCUCCAAAUUUUCCAAUCUCCAAGAAUGAGCUGAGUUCCAUGAGCUCAGAAGGGUUGUUGGCAUUUCCCUUGAAAGAAUAUUUUAAGCAGUAUGAGGUGGGUCUGCAGAACCUGUGCAAUUCAUAUCAGACACGUGCCGAUGCCCGAGCCAAAGCCUGCGAGGAAAACCUGCGGAACUCAGAGAGGAAGCUGAGGGAAACAGAGGAAAAACUGCAGAAGUUGAGGACUAAUAUCAUGGCCCUUUUGCAGAAAGUGCAGGAGGACAUUGAUAUUAAUACAGAUGAUGAACUGGAUGCAUAUAUUGAGGACUUGAUCAUGAAAGGAGACUGAGCAGCUCCAGUACAAGUCCUGGAGAGGUGCAGAAGAGCUGGCUGCUGCAAAGGGUGAUGUGGAUCUCUGUGCAAGUAGUCUGGGGCAGCUGAUGAGAAGAGUUUUUUAGACAGUGCUCAUAUUGGUGUACAACUUGUUCCUGUGACUGUACAUGAGAAACAUUCCUGCUGUUGGCAGGAAAAUUUUUAACUUUGUAGUUCUCUGAAUCUCUUCCUUUUGUUUAUAAAUAUUUAUUUUGAAAGAAAUGGGAACUGUGCCUGAUAAGAUGGGUGUUUUUACUGAUGUAGGAGUGUGAGUACCCCUUUUGCAACUUGAGUAUAUUCAUAUGCUAAACGUGGGAGCUCAGAGCACUGUGCUUGGCUUACUGGUUCUCCAGUAAGAACCUGGCAGCAAUUAAAAAAUAAGCCUUGAGUUGUAGCAGAGUGGUUUAGGAUUUUUUUGUGGAAGAUACUGAAGCUGGGCUAGAGAAAGCCAAGCCAUGAAUUGGAGCUACAGAAAGGAGAUGUCCCUGUAUGAGUGUGAGCAGAAGGGAUGGAACCUCGGUAGAACUCAGAAAUUUGGCACUGGCACCUGCAGUGAGCUUCCUGAACAGCAGGUCACUGCAAGUAGGUGUAACUGCCAGCAUGGUAACAGCUAAGAGGGUAAAGGUCCUUCUAGAAAAGCAUCACCUCCUAGACUGCUCACGGUGGGCUGUGGGCUGGAGUUCCGGUUCUCUGCUUGCAGUCACUUUAUCACUCAGUUCCACUGCUGUUUCUUUGAGACAUAAUUACAGCAUCAGAAGGACUCCUCGACUGCCUGACAAUAAAGUGACCCCUGUUCUAUUGUCAGCCCCUCAGGUUUGUGUUGCUUG